AUGUUCAACGGCGGCAUUGUCUUCCUGGAAGGAGAAACCCUGACCCUCCGGCAAAAGGGUCAGGGUAAGCGCCUAGAGGUUGCUGCCACGAAGCAACAGUACGUGGACCAACGCGCCCGAGGCGCCUACAUCGCCUCAAUCUGCCAGCCCGAAGCCUGCUUCGACUUGUCAAGCGCUGCCCAGCACCAGGACCCCACCGAGGGAGAUACGAAGGCGCUCAACAAGCGCAUAAGGUGGCAAAUGGAGAACCAGGAACGAGGCCUACACUUCCUUCCUUUGGACCUCUCCGCGGUCCGUAUCUUCGUCUUUGUGGACGGCUCCUUCGCCAACAACCGAGACCUCACCUCGCAGCUCGGCUUUGCCAUUAUCCUCGCCAACGAGGAGAUGCGAAGCGAUGAGGGCACCUUCAAGAUCCGAGGUAACCUGAUUCGAUAA